AUGACGACAAAGGUCGAAACGCAGGAUCCUCAGGUCCAGGUGGACCGCAGGUCCAAAUACCAUGAGGCAGAUGUAGUAGUUGUCGGGGCUGGCGUCUUUGGAUGCGCCAUCGCAUACGCGCUAGCAAACCAGGGCAGGAGCAUCCUGCUGUUGGAGAGAUGGAUGCACGAGCCAGACCGAAUCGUCGGCGAGCUGCUACAGCCCGGCGGCGUUGCCUCCCUCAAGAAACUCGGCCUCGGCCACUGUCUCGAGGGCAUCGAUGCACAACCUUGUUACGGCUACCACGUCAUGCAUAAGGGCGAUGAGGUCGCCAUUCCGUACCCCUUCAUGGACGACGAAGGCUGCAUCGUUACCGACAUGAGCCAGAAGCAGCUUCCCACCGAUGAUCACGUCAACGGUCACACCGACGGCCAUGCCAAUGGUAACGGCCACCUGUACAACGGCGGAUACGAAAAGCUCGAACCGAUGGCGACGAAGCCUGAGGGCCGCUCCUUUCAUCACGGAAGACUGAUAACGAACCUGAGAAAGUCUUGCAUUGCGCACAAGAAUAUCACGGUGGUGGAGACAGAGGUGACGGCGACUAUUAGGGGAACCCACACUCCCCAGGUUCUCGGCGUGGAGGCGCGGACGACUGACAAGGCGACGGGGAAGAAGCACGCAGACUGCUUCUUUGGCCAGCUGACCAUCAUCGCGGACGGCUAUGCAUCCAAAUUUCGCAAGCAGUACAUCGGCCGCGCGCCCAUUGUCCGAUCCAAGUUUUAUGCCCUAGAGUUGAUUGACUGCCCAUUACCGCCGUACGGUUACGGCCAUGUUGUGAUUGGCGAGAAGCAUCUGGCCCUACUGUACCAGAUUGGCUCACACGAGACCCGUUGCCUCAUCGAUGUUCCCGAGAACCUUCCCGCUGCCUCGCCGGCAAACGGGGGCGUGCGCGGCUACCUCCACAAGGUCGUCAUCCCAUCGCUCCCAGAGUCUGUUCGCCCCUCUGCCUUGAAAGCCCUCUCGGAUGGCAAGAUCCCAAGGAGUAUGCCAAAUAGCUGGUUACCCCCUACACCUCAGACGCAGCACGAGGGCGUUCUAAUCCUCGGAGAUGCCAUGAACAUGCGGCACCCCCUGACAGGAGGUGGCAUGACGGUUGCAUUCAACGAUGCACUUCUCGUUGCAGAACUUCUAGAUCCCGAUGUUGUUCCCAGCCUAGCCGAUACAGCUGCCGUCCGCGCCGCCAUGAAAACGUUCCACUGGCGUCGCAAGCGCUUAACCUCGAUCAUCAACGUACUCGCCCAGGCGCUUUACAGCCUCUUUGCCGCGAGCGAUUGGCGCCUCGAUGCCCUCAGGCGUGGCUGCUUUGAAUAUUUCCAGCGUGGAAUCACCGAUGAGCCCUGUGCCAUGUUGGCAGGUCUUCUCGAGAGCCCCACCACGCUCGCCUACCACUUCUUCAGCGUUGCCUUUGUCGCACUUUGGCUACAUCUUUCCGACUCGAUCGGUUCGCCCAUGGGGUUAUGGAAACUGCCCAUGGUUUUGAUUGAGUGUGUCAUGAUUUUGUGGAAAGCCUGUGUCGUAUUCCUACCUGUCAUGUGGGCGGAGGCCGCAUAG